UAACGUACCAAAAGAUAGAGCAAAAGAUUCUCUCUCUCUCCGCGCAGAAAGAGAUAGAGCCUAGAGCGCGGAGGGCUGUUUCGUGUGUCUGAGGAUCUCCUGAUCUCUCCUCUAUCCACCGUCAUCUUCCGCCGCCCUCCCCUCCGAUCCCCUUUCUCUUCCUCCUCCUCCUCGUCUCUCUCUCUCUCUCUCGCUCGCUCGCUCGUAUGGUCGUACUCGUAUCAUCUGACCAGAAGCUCCCCUCCCCAGAGAUGCCACGGAGUCCAGAGAGUUGAGGCCAGAGAAACCAGUUGCAGAACUAGCAAAUAAAAGAGCAGAAGAAGAGUCAAGGGAGGAGAGGGCAUCCGAUUCAAUGGAGGGUGGCGAGACGACGCUGUCAGGGCUCGGCGGCGCGCACGGCGUGGACACCAAGGUGCUGCACGCGUUCCAGACGAGCUUCGUGCAGGUGCAGAGCCUGCUGGACCAGAACCGAGUCCUCAUCAACGAGAUCAACCAGAACCACGAGUCCAAGGUGCCCGGCGACCUCUCCCGCAACGUGGGCCUCAUCAGGGAGCUCAACAACAACAUCCGCCGCGUCGUCGACCUCUACGCCGACCUCUCAUCGCUCUUUGCUGCCUCGGAGGGCGGCGGCGGCGGCGGUCGCGCCGCCUCGGAGGGUGGCUCCGUCGGCACCGUCCGGCAGGCCGCCGCCGGGCACAAGAGGAUCAGGUCCGGCCUCGACUAACUUCCUAAGGAUUAGCUAGAGAGCUCCCUUUGAGCUGAGCUGUUCUUGUACCUAUCUAAUUAUCUGUAUUACUCCUACUACUACAUAUGAGCAAGGACAAUCCUCUCCUACAAUGUUAUGUUCUUCUUGUAGCUGAUGUUAAUCUCACGUCGGUAUGAGCAAGUAUGAGGUUUGAAUUCGAUGCAA